UAUCUGUACAGGGGGAAAAACUCAACAUGAAAUGACAACACUGACAAUCCCCAAAUGUAAAGCGUUUCGUUCCUAUGUGUUUUUGUUCAUCGUGUAGCAGAUUGUCGAGCCAUUUGAAGGCACCUAAUUUUUGUGUUUUUCUUUGAUCGAGUGUAGCAGUACAUUAGCAGCCAAACAAAAUGCGCAUCACCUCGUCCCUGCUUGGAGCCCAUUUCGGCAACUUGGCCAAGGUGCACGGUAUUGUCACCUACAAGCUGUCGCCAUUUGAGCAGCGUGCAUUUGCUGGAGCGAUUAGCAAAGGUCUGCCCAACAUUUUCAACCGCAUCCGCUCUAAUAUCUUCAUUGUGGCACCACCCUUCAUUGUGGGUUACCUCAUCUACGAUCUGACGGAACGUGAGCACCAUCACUUAUCUCGUAAGAAUCCAAAGGAUUUCGAGAAUGAAGAAUAGAAAUGUAUUUUUAAAUAUGAAUAGAUUUUCGAUCACACAAAACUCGUAAAAGAAAAUAUAGUUUAAUUGUGAAUAUAAUAUAAUUUUGGUGUAAUUUACUGUGGAGUUGAAGGAUUGCCAUAUUUUAUAAUUCAAUAGCGGUUCUGGUUGGAAGGGACAUGGCUGUAACGUGAUGUGUGAACGUAGACCAUUGUGAGAAUAGAAAUUAUGAAUAUUUUGCUAUGAAAUAGUUGGUCUUAGGUAAAGUUGGUUUUAGCUUUAGUGGCUUAUAUUCACUAUUUAUGAUAAAUUUUAAAUUGAAUACCACUUAGGUAUAUAUCUUAUUUAUAUAAAAGAUAUCAUUUGGGAAAAGAUGUCCUCUUCUAUCAAUGUAGAAACAUGUAUGCAUAUACAAUGCCUUCUAUAGUUUGGACUAAAUAGAAAUUACUUUUCUUUCGUCUUUCUUGAAUCUCAUAAGUAAAAUUUGUGUAAGUAUAUGAAAUUAAAAAUAAUUUAAUUAAUUUUUUUUAAAUUAAAAUAAUGAAUUUUCCCGAGUAUUUAAUAUUAAUGUAUCAUUCGGUUCACCCUCUCAACCACGUAACGCAAAUUCUCGUUACGUCUAAUCUGACAACAGCGAAUCAGCUGAUGUAACUGUCAAUUUACAUUUUCCAGCUGUAUUUGUGUCGUUUAGCAAAUUUCUUUGUUUUUCUAAGAUAUUAAUUUUUUUUAAUGUAAUUUUUGGCGGAAUUUCUAUUUCAAGUGUAAUAUAUUUAUAGUUAACAAAGUUCAACUGUAUCCCUAAAACAAGUUUUGGCGUAUUAAAGCAACUACAAGGCAAUUCCUGAACGUGAACGGAUGCAGAUAGACAACAGCAUAAGAUGGAAGAUUGUUGCAGUAAUGAAAUGCGCAGUCAAACCUUUCAUAAUUUGUUAAAAUCAGUAUUAGAUUCAAAAGUCAUCAACAUACAAGUGUUCACCGUGGCCGUUGGUAUCCUGUUUUUUGUGAUUUUACUGAAGAAUCGUUUUCGGAGUUUCUGUGGCACUUAACUAUACAAUAGCGUAGAAGGACUGGAGUACUGUGGUGAUGUGUAAAACUGGAUAUGUAGUAACUUAAUAAAUUAAGAUUCAUUAUAAAAAUCUCACUAGAAAAGUUCUUUUAUUUUUCAUUGCAGUUGGUAGAUAUGUAUAUAGUGAUUCGCACAUUUGUACAAAAGUGUGUGAGCACUGGACUUCACAAUGUCUUUGAGGAUUUACAGACUUAGGUGUACAAAUUCCAAUAGGAAUAUUAUACAUAUUAUACCAAAAAUGAUAUAUGUACGUAACUAUAUAUAUAUCGGUUAUGCGCUGCACCAUUGUUUUCACCGGUUCGGCGCUUUGCAUAUAACUAAGAUAUACAACAUACCUUACAUUAAAAUGUUGCAUCCACGAUCUGGGCCGUUAUAGUUGCAAUAUUAAGGCUUACUUUGUAUAAUGGUGUUCCUUAUUGGAAAUUCUAGUGGUCUAAUUGAUACCAAUGUUGAAAACACAUUACAAACCAUACUAAAUUUAUAAAUUCCAACUAGUACAUGUUAUAUUCAUCUUCAUUAGUUUACGCGAACACUUUUUAACACAAAUAUACUUUUAUAAACUAUAAUAAUUCACUACAAAAUGAAUCACAACUAUUAUGUUUAAAACUGCGCGAAAACAACUAGACGCCACAUCAAAUUUAGCGCAAAAAGACACCAUAUUUAAUUUCCAGUACAUAUACAAGCAGCCAUUACUUAAUACAGGGCGGCCUAAUUUACAAUUAUUUUCAAAUUUCAAUUACACCUUGCAGGCUAAUUAGGCCUUGUUUCAUAUGUCACAUUCAAAUUUGCAACACUUAUCUCAGUUGGUGUGGGGUUUUUCAAGUGGCAAGUUGAAGAAGGAAAAAGUCUCUGAAGCUGUGUAGCAGAAAAGUAAAAAUACAAUUUUUCACAUAAAUUGCAAUCUAAUUUAUAAAUAAAAUGUAUAUUGUAAGCAUGAAAGGUUAGUUGUUUAUCAUAAUUUAUUGAUUGUAAUGAAAUACGGCUUACUGCACGGAAAUAAUAUAUGUAUGUGGAAUAUACGCCAUUUUGAUAUUUCGGACAGCGAAAUUCUUCAACUGCAAAAUGCUGUAUGACGAAAUGGAAAGGCGAAAAAGUAAGGUUGGAGUGUUUUAUAUAUUCCAGUUAAAUUAACAACAAUUGUGCCACAAAACUACAACAAUGAUAACAAUACAAAAACACCAAUGAAGUGAUGAAGUGUUUUUUAUGCAAAUAAGAACUGCAAAUUCGCUUUAAUGGAGUGUUGCAUAUAAUCUCAAAAAAAAAAAAAGAAAAAACAACAACAAACACAUACACAUAAAAAUAUAUAUAUACUUACAACAACAACUGCAUACUACUUCACAACGCCGUCAUUUAGUUGGGCUCUACUAAAAAUAAAUCAACCGUAGGAGAACAGGAAGAAACACAUCAAAACGGAAAAAGACACUGCCAUAUAAAAAACAGAAGCUGCAAACUUUACAACCUUCAACUUCAAAACUACCUCGUUUAAGCUACAAAAUAUUGAAAUAAUUCAUAAACCGAUCAAAAAACAGCUGCCAGUGUCUUUAAAAAGACACCAACAAAACAACAAACGCAUAAAAUAACUAACUAAACUAUACAAAAAC